CGAUCCCUUGCCCCCCUCAGUACUCUUAACAGAACUAAACUAGGAUAUCAAGUCCCUAGUGCAUCUGUGAGAAAGCUUUCAUGGGGAACCCUGGUGCAUUUCAUCAUUCUAUUACCCUGCAAUCCUUAACUGUCUUCUCCCUAGUUGCAGUUCUUGCAGCAGAUCAUGUCCAGGGACGAGACGAUGGGUGCGCACCUUUCUCCUGUGGGCAUCUGCAAGAUAUACGGCCUCCUUUCCGUCGGCAAGGUGAUCCUCUUGAGUGUGGUGUUGAAGCAUACGAGCUGAGUUGUACCAGUAGCAAGGCUACCAUUCACAUCAGCACAGGAACAUACUAUGUGACUGCCAUCAACUACACUGGUUCCUACUUCUGGGUCAUCGACACCAACUUCGAUACCAUCAGCAGCUGCCCUCUUCCACUGUGGAAUCACGUUCCUUACGGUCGAUACUUGGACGGAAUUAAUUCAGUUUCACCACCUGGCUUUCUGUAUUUGGUCUCUCAAAGCUACGACAUAGCUUGUUUUGCUAAUUGUUCGCAAGCAGUGACGGAUAGUAGUUCAUACAAGCCCGUUUCUUGCCUGAGUGCCAACAAUUCACAUGUUUAUGUCUGGGUGUCUCACUACAGUUGUGUGGUUGAAGAUUUUGAACCUUAUUGUGGAUAUCUGGCCAAGAUUCCAUUUGGUAAGGAUUAUACUCCUUAUUGGCAGAAUGCAAGUUAUGCAGAUAUCACACAAUUCAUAGGUAAGGGGUUUACUGUCCAAUUUCCUGUGGACAUCAUGGGGCCUUCUGCCUCUGUGAAGUUAAGAAAGAACAUCAAUAUAUGCCUCAACAAUUCAAUUAGCUACUUCAAGGAGCAAUCAUGUGGUGCGAGCAUUGUGAAUUGGGCUCAUGCUUUUUUCUGGAGUGAAGUGCACUUCUUAGAAUGCGUGACUCAAAGCUCUGAAGAUCACUACUACACAACACAGUUUGUUUUGGUUGUUGUGACCAUAUUUUCGGCGAUUGCCAUCCCCAAGUUCUUUUUCGUACUAUGCAGGCUGUUGUUGGCACCCCUGGCUGUAUGGAUAUUCCUAGCCUACAAGUACAUGAAAACAAGGAUCAUAAUUGAUGCAGUUGAGAAGUUCCUCAGGAUUCAACAAAUGAUUGGCCCGAUGAGGUACUCGUACACAGAUAUAGUUGCAGUCACAAGCCAUUUCAGAGAUAAAUUGGGCCAAGGGGGCUACGGCACUGUGUACAAGGGCAUCCUACUCCCAGGCGGUGUCCAUGUUGCUGUGAAGAUGUUGGAGGGCAACUCCAACUGCAAUGGAGAAGAUUUCAUCAGCGAGGUCUCCACCAUCGGCAGGAUCCACCACGUCAACGUGGUGCGUUUAGUGGGCUUCUGCUCAGAGGAAAUGAGAAGGGCCUUAGUCUACGAGUACAUGCCCCACGGUUCUCUCGACAAGUACAUCUUCUCUGCUGAGAAGAGCUUUUCUUGGGACAAGCUCAACGAGAUUGCUUUGGGCAUUGCGAGGGGGAUCAACUACUUACACCAGGGGUGCGACAUGCAGAUUUUACACUUUGACAUCAAGCCGCACAACAUCCUUCUCGAUAGCAAUUUCGUCCCAAAGGUCGCAGAUUUCGGGCUUGCCAAGCUGUACCCAAGGGGCGACAGUUUUGUUCCUUUGAGCGCCAUGCAGGGAACCGUCGGCUACAUAGCCCCCGAGAUGAUAUCCCGGAGCUUCGGCGUCAUAUCCAGCAAGUCCGACGUGUACAGCUUCGGGAUGUUGCUGCUGGAGAUGGCCGGCGGGAGAAGGAACGCUGAUCCAAACAUGGGGUCCUCAAGCCAGGCAUACUACCCUUCAUGGGUGUACGACCGGCUGACUCAGGAAGAAGCAGGCGAGAUAUCUGCUGUUGCUGCUGACAUGCAUGAGCUGGAGAAGAAGCUAUGCGUUGUCGGAUUAUGGUGCAUUCAAAUGAGGUCUCGUGAUCGGCCAACCAUGGGCGAGGUCAUUGAGAUCCUGCAGUCUGGGGUUGAUGGCCUAGAGAUGCCUUCGAGGCCGUUUUUCUGUGACGAAGGGCACAUCCAUGUGGAGGACUCUUACCAUUUCACUUCUGAGCUGACGACAGUCUCAGAGGAGGAACUGUCUGCGGUGUCCGAGGAAGACGAUAUGUGAGGUAUUAAUUUAUUAUGUAUGUAUGUAUAUGUGUAUCAUGGGGUGAUGCACUUUAUAUGUAACAGUACCAUCCACUAUAAAUGCCUUCUACAAGCUGUCUUGCUUGCAA